GUCAUUUCCAAAACAUCUGAUUUCUGCCGAUUUACGCUCACUGUCUCUCCUUCCAUGACACUUUGCGACGGCGCCUAUCAUCAAUAUCUGCUCCUUCUGCGUCAAUCCUUUGUUCAUUUCCUCACCGGAUGACAACAACCACAUAUUCCCCUUCGCUGCUUGGCCGAGACGCCUGUAAGCUGCCCCUCAUUUUCAUCACCCUCAUCGACCUCAACCACCAUGGCCGAUAAGGCAAACCCUGCGAGCGGCUAUGCGCCAAUCCUUUCGGCUCUGGCGACUAUGCAGAGCAACGCCGGCAAAGAAGAGAAAACCAAUGCCCACGAAUUCCUUGAGAAGUUUCAAAAAUCGCUCGAAGCGUGGAACACAACUCAUGCGAUAUUACAAGAUUCAGCCGUCCCGGCAGAAGCCAGGCUAUUUGCUGCGACGACAUUGAAGGGAAAAAUUACCUAUGACCUUCAUCAGCUGCCAGCCGACGCCCUCACUCCUCUUCGAGACUCGCUCCUCUCUUUGCUUCAACUCUAUAUCUCGGGUCCUCGACCCGUUCGGACGCAAUUAUGCGUGUGCCUGGCAAUCCUGGCAAUACAGUUGACAACGUGGAAAGACGUCUUAAGAACAGUGGGAUCAGCUGUUGGCAGCAGUAGUGACGGCGGAGACUGUCUACUCGAUUUCCUGCGCAUCUUACCAGAAGAAGUCACAGAAGGCCGCAAGAUCAACCUUUCAGAAGAGGAACUUGCCGAUCGGACUAAGGAACUCCUAGAGGACAACGCCGCUCAGGUCUUGAACCUUUUGGUCUCCUACGCACAGUCAUCAACUCAAGCCGCCCACAAUCCUCACCUGUAUUCUUGUAUCGCAUCAUGGCUUCGAGAGAUCCCCACGAUCGACGUUGUGAACUCCCCCCUAUUGAAUGAAAUUAUCGACGCUCUCCAAGACAGUGAUUCCUUCGAUGCUGCUGUGGAUUGCCUUUGCACUAUGUUCAGAGACACCCGAGACGUCGACGAAUCACAAAGCGUUAUUCGAAUACUCUACCCGCGAAUCAUCAAGCUGAGGCCCAUGAUUGCAGAAGCUGCUUCCACGGAAGACAACGAUCUCAUGAAAGGUAUCACGAGACUUUUCGCAGAGGCAGGCGAGGCUUGGGUUGUACUCAUUGCACGCAUGCCGGAAGAUUUCCGCGAGCUUGUCGAAUGUGUUCUCGAAUGUUGCGUACGCGAUAAAGACCGAGAAGCUAUUUCGGUCACGUUCAUCUUCUGGUACGAACUGAAGCAGUCCCUCACCCUCGAAAAAUACAUGCCUGCUCGAGCUGCCCUUGCAGACCUCUAUUCGAAACUCGUGGAUGUCAUGAUCAAACACCUCGAAUUCCCCACGCCAGAGAACGGGAAUGAGAAGGACCUUUUCGAUGGGGAUCGAGAGGCAGAAGACAAGUUCCGCAGUUUCCGACAUAACAUGGGCGAUGUCCUCAAGGACUGUUGUGAGGUCAUUGGAGUCACACAGUGUCUGAUGAAAUCGUUUGCCCUGAUUCAGAGUUGGGGACAGAAAUAUGCCUCACAGGUCUCGGGUACAACCGUACCACAUUGGCAGGAGCUUGAGGCACCACUCUUCAGCCUCAGGGCAAUGGGCCGAAUGGUCAGCCCGGAGGAAGAUACAGUGCUUCCACAAGUGAUUCCUCUGCUUACCACGGUGCCAGAUCAUGAGAAGCUGAAGUUCCAAGCCAUUAUGGCCCUGGCUCGCUAUACCGAAUGGACUUCUCAACAUCCGGAGACUCUUGAGGCGCAGCUCAACUAUGUCAUCUCUGGGUUCAGUCACAGCUCCCAGGAAGUUGUUCAGGCGGCAGCCCUGGCCUUCAAGUUCUUGGGAACCGACUGCCACAGCUUGCUAGGCGACCACGUUCCGCAGCUCCAUAGCUUCUAUGAAAGCGUUAUCGAUAAGCUCAAAUCGACAAGCCAAGAAGAGGUGACCGAAGGAGUCGCAGCGGUUGUUGCGGCACAACCAGUUGGCAAGGUUUAUGAGACGAUGAAGAUGUUCUGUGAUCCAGUCAUGAGGAGGGUGGUCGCCCUUGCCGCACAAGCAACUGAUGAAAGUGCUGAGAAGACUGUUGCUGACUACUUAGGGCUCAUGACGGUCUUUUUCGACUGGGUACAACCGUAUGUUUCACCAUCCGAAGAGAACCCGGCAGUCAAAUAUUGCCAAGAGGUGCUCCCAGCUCUUUCACAGAUUGCAAAGCACUUCACCCGAUCCAUGCCGAUUCUGGAGAGGGUGUGCAAGUGCUGGAGGUCGAUGGUGAUAUCUUACCGGACCGCCACAGCCCCGCUUCUACCCACGCUUGCGACCAGUAUUGCCGAGGGCUUUGAAGCGUCGCGACAAGGCUGUUUCCUGUGGGCAACAGACGCGGUCAUUCGGGAAUUCUCCUACGGCGCAGAAUUCGUCGACGAGGCUACUAGCGACAACGUCUAUCGAUUCUUUGCCCAGCAAGCCACAGUCUUCUUCAGGAUCCUUGCUGAACUGCAACCCGUCGAGCUUCCCGACGUUAUCGAGGAUUUCUUCCGCCUGGCAUCUGAUGCGGUUCGGUUCUAUCCUCAGAAGGCCCUUACUUCGAACCUUGCCCUCCCGAUGGUCAAUGCAUCAUUGACGGCCCUGACGCUGCAAUCAUUGGAACCAAUCCAAGCUACUUUGCACUUUCUGAGGGACUUCCUUGAUUUUGGGUUCGAGCAACCGCCGAUCUCCAAUUUCAACGGGCCUAAUGGUGAACCAACAGCGGGAAACCCACCAGAGGUCCAAGCAGCAGUGAGGCAAGUGCUAGGUUCUACAGGACAGGAGCUUGUGCACCGAGUCUUGACCGGCAUGAUGUUCAGCUUUCCCGAGGAUUGCUUCCCAGAUGCCUCCGGCAUUCUCCUGUCUUUGUUCAACUUGGUACCUCAAGCGGCAGCUCAAUGGGUUCAGGGGACUCUGCAAGCUUUGCCUGCAGGCACACUCAAACCUGCCGAAGCGAACAAGUUGAUGAAAGGCAUCAGCGACAAGCUGCAGCAAAACGAGGCCCGAAAAGUGCGCGUGUUACUCCAAGACUUUACAAACUCGUAUCGGCGGCGGAAUGUGGCGCCACGUGAAGGAUUGGGCAGGUUGGAGGCGGCAAGGUUCAAGUUCAGCGGCUGACCGACAGAACGAGGCCUCUUUUCUCGAUUGAAAAUUUCCCGCGUCAGCCUGAGCAGGACAACGGAUUGAAUUGAUGUCAUUUCUCGAGCAUCUUUGGGCGUAACUCCUGCCGGACCGGCUUUGACUGGCAGGAACCACAUCUACACCUGAUACCAGAUUUCUUUGCUCUUGAUACGAAACAAUGCAAUUCGAUACAACAUGAGUCAACCUGAUCCCAGUGUACAUCUCUAGACAGUACUUCUGACUUCACCAAUGAGAACACCAUCUGGCAUGGAUUUCGUGGGUGAGAUCUGCUUCUUCAACGAGCAGGAAGCAUGUGAAAGCGAGUAAAGCGCGAGCAAGGCGAAGAACUGAACAGAAAAAGAGAAGGGCGCCACCGAUUCGGUAACCAGGCGCGACAUCACGGUUGAAAGAUAGAGCCAAGUACCGGCUCAGCAAGCUAUAUGGCCAGCAGUAGCAGAAAGAUGGUGUUUCCCAUUCUCAAAAGGCGGCUAGAUAGACAUGGGGUUCGGACAGGGGAGAGGUAGUGCUGGUGGUGGUGACGCCGAAGGAUGACCGUCACUUGAAAGGCGACGUCCAUAUGGAAGGGCAAAGAAAGGGAGCAGAUCAGACGGAGAAAGUGAAUAGAAGAGACCUCUCGCAGGUCAAAGUUAUCAUUCUAUCCCGUUCCAUCCCAGGUUACUCCUCCGAGCCCCCUUCUGUAGAGAUGUUCUUCAUGCAAGUUGAGACCCCCGCCGAACAACGACCAGGCUAUAAGGCUUCGGCAGGCAGAAUGAGGUGUGCUGUGGUUGACUGAGACUAUCCGAUGCAA